AUGCGUAUUAGAUCCAUCACGGCCACCACGGCGCUGGCCUUGAUCGGUCUUGUCGCGACCGAACCCGAACCCGACCGGCCACGCAUCUACUUCCCCCUUCAAGUCAAGCGGGAAUUCUCAAACUCGUCCCUUCCCGCUACCGACGCCCUCUCCACGCCCGACAAUGCCGCCCCCGGCAAAAUCGAGACGAGCACCACCGCGAGCAAGGACCUGCCGAACUCGGAUGCUCAGGAUGGCUCCAGGCCGCCAACCUCAUCCUCUUCGAGCUCGAAGCCCGACACCGAGUCCAAAGAGCCCCCUACCCCCCCGGUUCCUGCCGAGGGGGGCAUCUCCGACGCGGUCAGCGGUCCGUCGCCCAUCACGACCUCGCUGCGUGGCGCCCCGGACGACAUCGGCACCGGCGUCAGCAGCACAGUCGUGCCACACUCGUCCACCGAGGCGGUCAUCCCGAACCCCCUCAACCCCGUGGUCAGCAACCCGGUGGUCAGCAAGCUGUUGCCGCUUCCUUCCGACAAGACUAGCAUCACAGAGUCCUCCGGUAGGACGCCAUUCGAUGGUACGGCUUCAGACCCAUUGGGCACCAUUGUCAAACCUGAUCCCGUUGUGAGCCCGACCGGCGGCGUUGUACCAGUCAUUGCGUCCAAAUCUGGUACGCCGGAAUUGCCAAAGGCCUCGCCCGUUGGCGCGGUUCCCGACAAGGACAAGCCCGACACGGACAAGCCCGAUAGCACGCACAAGGAUGGCAGCCCGGAUCCCGUCAAGUCGACCGGCGGCGCGGUUUCCGAUACUACGCACAAGUCCGACACGCACAAGUCCGACACUGACAAGGAUGGUGGCCCGACCCCUAUCGAGUCGACCGGCAGCGCUGCGCCUAUCCCCAGCACUACCAAGUCUUCCAUCUCGGACCCGCUCGAGCCCGUCGGCGACAUUUUGCCCGGCCCAAGCUCAGCCAGCUUGACUGCGAUGCCGACCGAGCCUCCUACCGAGUCAUCGUUGCCACCUCCGAUUGCGGUGCUGCCGACUGGGUCCUCGCCCAAGGCAGUCCUGCCGACCGAAUCGUCGGGUCUGCCCUCCUCUGCCAAGAGUGUACACGCCGAGAACCCAACCGUGGUGUCGCCUAACGACAGUCUUGGGCCGUCACGCAGCUCGGUGCUCCCGGUUUCUUCCACCCCCGGCCUUGUCACGCAGCCCUCGCCUGACACGUCCCUCAACACGAACCCCAAGGACGUGUCCGAGUCCACGGGCCGGCCUGUUCCCAUCCUCACAGACAUCUCAUCCGCCAAAGCCACCGCUACCAACAAGAUUCCCGAAGUACCAGUUGUGAAUUCGACGACCCCCGAGAUCGUGACCACUGCUCCGACGUUUACCAACAUCCCGAGCGCACCCUCUGACGUCCCCGUCGUCAACAGCACGACCCCGGCAGACACGAAGAGCUUGCCCUCAGGGCCAGUCACCUUGCCGUCAACGACUCCGAGUGCCACCCACAAGUCAGCGAGCCCCACCAAUACCGACUCGGAAUCGUCUUCACCUAUAUCACCUUCGUCUUCUUCUCAGCCUUCAUCGGUCUCGAAGGGUCUGGGCUCUCCAAGCGGCUCACCCCACCCGGUGGAUUCGUCGACCGCGUUGACGACGCCCACCAGAGCUCCCCCGGCCACUACCUCUGUCCAGACCGAAACUAAGCCACCUCAAGCCCCCGCUCCCGGGUCCUUGACGGCCGUGACGCCGCCAAGUCAGCCCACGACGGCCCCUGCUCCCCAGCCGUUCCCCACUGGCGUGCCCAAGUACAUCACUUCCGGCAAGAAAGAUCCGCCGCCUGCUCACGACACCGCAAACAUCACUAUCGGCUUCCACGAUGUUGUAUCUCCUCAGUACCCCAACGACAACGGAGCCACAUAUAGUUUUUCCAUGGAGGCACUCGACUUGCUCCCUGUGCUUCUCGCGCUGAGCUUGAAUUCAAGCUCCAACCCUGACAUCACGGAGAAAAUCCAGGGUAUCAGAGUCGAGGUGUGCAAGGACCCUGAGUGGGGCAACGCCAUUGCCCACGUCAGCUUUCCGAACGGCGAGGGUAUGGUCAGCAAGCUUCAGACGGAUCUCCGACUCGCGGCGUCGCCAAUCUACAACAGCGGAAACGCAACCUUGAACAAGAUCGCCGACAAGAUUUACAAGCCGCAUGACAUAACGAGCAAAUACUGCGACGGCGGUGGCAAUGGAGGCGGGGCGGUGCCUGGGGACAACGCCGUUCCUCCCAACAACGAACAGCCGCCGACAGAUCCCUUCGGGACCACGGGGCCCGGCGACGGGCCGACUCCCCGGUCGGCCGCGACCACGGGCGGCAUCGUCGCCGGGGCCCUGGGAUUCAGCCUCAUGUACGGCGCCGCCAUGUUCAUUGUUGCCAGACGAUACAAGCGCAAGAAACAGUCUCACCGCCGUUCAAACUCCGUCACCAACAGCCAAAACUCAUCGGAGAUGCGUUACACCGGAGGUGGAAGCCCGGCUCUGAUGGGAGGCGCCCUGGUCAGCCGCGAAUACUUCAGCUACGGCGCUGGAGGCCGCGACAGCCGCGGCAGCGGGCGCAGCGGCAUGGGCAACUCGGGCCGCACCGCAAACAUCUCGGCCCCCGUCGCCGCGGAGAACUCCCUGGGCUGGAACUAA